GUUACAAAAGAAUCAUCAUAAUUAUUCAUCUCUCACCUUCCACUCAAAUCCCAAUAUAAUUAUUACUUUCAUUUCACUAUUUAUUUCCCAUAAUUCUCUUCUUCCCCUACAUGAUCCUUCCAGUCUAUGUAUGAAUAUAUAUAUAUAUAUAUAUAUAUAGUACUCUGUAAUAAUUUUGCAGUUGAAGAUGAAGCAGAGUAGGUAUUGGGCAGUUGGCAAUGAGAAAAGGGGAAGAGAAGAUUAAACAGAGUUUCAUGUAUACAUUCAUGUGAAGCACUCACUCAUCAGAAUCUUGUGAUCAGUGGCUUAAAUAAGGGCUAAAAAUUUGGUCCCAAACAGAUCGAGCCUUAUUAAAAGAAGAGUGAGAUUUGGAUGGAGGAAAUGAUGAAUAAUAAUAAUAAGGAGAAAGGUUUGGAGAGGGUGGUUUCACAGAGGGCACUGUUUCAGGUGGGGGGGAGUUCCUUCCCGUGCGUGGUGGGUGCGGCCGUCGGUUUCCUCGCCUCCUUCUUCCUCGCCGCUCUCACUUCAUUGCUCGGCGGUGCCUUUUGGGUUCCCGGAGGCGGCGGCGGCCCCACCAACCCCCCCGCAACUCUCUUUUCUCUUGUUUCCAGUGAUGACUGUGAUUUUAAACAGAACAAGACACAAAUUUGGGUUCAUUCACAAGAAAAAAUCACAGUUCCCGCAGGCGAAAAAGUGGCAUCUUUGUACUCAUCGUGGGGUAAUUUACUACACGAAUCGAGUGGCAAAACUUCCAAUGUGCCCAAAGCCCCUCAUGUUGAGAACUGCAAGUCAAGAGUGAGGAUGAACAAACGGCUCGACAGUCGUGCUGGGAAUGAAAGAUUUCCUCCAUGGACCAUUUGGAAGGGGAUGCUAGAUGAGUUCCCGGUGUCCACCUUUGGUGAACACCAAGGGCAUAAUUGGCACAAUGCAAUGUCGGAAGGAGCUUAUCCUCCAUGGAUAGAGGGAUCGGACGAAGAGAACUACCCUUUGACGAGGAAAGUGCAACGCGACAUUUGGAUGCAUCAGCACCCGUUGGACUGCAACGGUCGGAGUGUGAAGUUCUUGGUGGCGGAUUGGGAGAGGUUGCCGGGUUUCGGCAUGGGAGCGCAGUUUGCAGGGAUGUGUGGUCUUCUAGCAAUUGCCAUUAACCAGAAAAGGGUACUCGUGACGAACUAUUUCAACCGUGCUGAUCAUGAUGGUUGUAAAGGUUCGCGUUCUAGUUGGUCUUGCUACUUCUUCCCAGAAACAUCGAAAGAAUGCAGGGAGCGCGCGUUUCACCUUGUGGGACAGAAAGAAGCUUGGGAUAAAGGGAUCAUAACCAUAAAAGAAAAUUAUACCUCAAAAGAGAUAUGGGCGGGACGCGUUCCCAGGCUAUGGGGCAGCCCAUGGAGUUAUUUACAGCCCACGACAGAAGUAAACGGGACACUAAUCGGUUAUCACCGUAAAAUGGACCGGAGAUGGUGGAGGGCUCAAGGGUUGCGCUAUUUGAUGAGGUUUCAGACAGACUACACAUGCGGCUUACUAAACGUUGCUAGGCAUUUGGCAUUUGGUCAUGAAGCUGCAAAAAUGGUUCUUGAAACACCAACCAUUAGCUUUCCAAAGCAAGAAGGUGAUGCGGAGAAGACGGGAAAUGACAUGGAAAAAUAUGUAUGGUCGAGUAAAAAGUCGUGGGUCCCUAGGCCAUUGUUGAGCAUGCAUGUUAGAAUGGGAGACAAGGCGUGCGAAAUGAAGGUGGUCGGGUUCGAAGAUUACAUGCAACUUGCGGAGCGCAUAAGAAAAAGCUUCCCCGAACUAAACCGCAUUUGGCUUUCCACUGAAAUGCAGGAGGUGAUUGACAAGACGAGGAUGUAUCCCCAUUGGAAAUUCUACUACACGAAUGUGACGCGACAAAUGGGAAAUGCAACAAUGGCAACGUACGAAGCGAGCCUCGGGAGGAAAUUGAGUACGAACUACCCACUAAUGAACUUCUUGAUGGCAUCCGAAGCCGACUUCUUCAUUGGCCCAUUGGGCUCGACUUGGAGCUACCUCGUUGACGGCAUGAGGAAUACCGGAGGGAAAGUCACAGCCGGUUUCUUGAGCGUUAACAAGGACCGGUUUUGGUAGGGCCAUAUCUCAACCGCCAUUCCGAGUUUUCAGCACUUCCCAUAGAUAGCAUAUGAGGAGUUAUUUGCAGUAGGGUACAUAUAACAUGUUGUAAUUAAAGAACUGAACACCUCUUUUGUAAAUAGGUAAAAUGGCUUUGUUACAUAUGUAGUUUGUUGAACCCAUACUUGUCAAUUGAAUAAGGUCAGGAGCCCCUU